CAUGGAAAGGCCCCUAAAAACUGAUACGUUACUGGAUAACCUGGGUUAAAGGGUAAAUCCAGGCGCUUGACCCUGGCCUUGCUCCAGCACAAAGCACAACCCAUCCCCCUGCCAGUAGUAGGAUCCUAGGCCUUGAAGUUGAAGUUGCAUUGCCAAUGCCAGUGGGCAUGAGCCAAGCCGAUCUUCUUCCAAGCUACAGCAGAGUGACAUUCUCGAAAGCACAGCUUUGCAGCCGAAGCGCAACCUCCACCGCUAGCAUGGCGCGCUGCUUUGCGGGCGCCAAGUGCGAGCUGGCCUCCGUCGCUAGAUCUCUAGCAAAGCAGACGAGACGGAGCCUCGACUGCAAUGCUGCCGCUGCUCCAAUCCCAUUCAGCUCGCCAAUCCCUUCUCAUCAUCGGUCGAAGUUGCAUUUGCAAUCGGAAGCCCCUUGCUUGCUUCUCCAAAGAGGUGUUGCUGCUGGACACUUCAAUCGCACAAGCCUUGGCAACCUCUCUUCGUCAGGAGUUAAGCUUGGACAGAGUGUCGAGGAGAGGAAAUGGAAUCUUGUGAGUGCGAGCAUGCAGGCUUCUGUGCAGACGGCAGCCAAGGUCGGGGCGCGCGAGAGUGGCUCUGUUCCCUUGGAGAAACUAGUGGAGGUUGUGACCAAUGCAGCCAAGACUGGAGCAGCAGUGGUUAUGGACCGAGUAGACAAACCAAGGACGGUGGACUUCAAGGGCGCAACUGACUUGGUCACAGACACAGACAAGGCCACAGAGGAGGCAAUCUUGGAGGUGAUCAAGGAAGCAUUCCCGGACCACUUGGUGCUUGGAGAGGAGGGCGGAGUCAGCGGCGGCCCCAACAGCGACUACCUCUGGUGCAUAGACCCCCUUGAUGGGACGACGAACUUCGCGCACAGCUACCCUUGCUUCGCGGUCUCUGUAGCGGUCCUCUGGAAAGGGAGGCCGAUCGCCGGCUCUGUGGUUGAGUUUGCUGGCGGCCCUUUCUGUUGGGUGACGAGGACGUUCUCAGCAACGGCGGGCGGAGGGGCCUUCUGCGAGGGCCAGAGAAUACACGUCAGCGACACGGAAUCCGUCCAGCGCUCCCUCCUCGUCACCGGCUUCGGCUACGAGCACGACGAUGCCUGGGCCACCAACAUCGAGCUGUUCAAACACUUUACUGACGUCACCAGAGGGGUGCGCCGGCUGGGAGCAGCCGCCGUCGAUCUUUGCCAUGUGGCACUCGGCCUGGUGGACGCCUACUGGGAGUACCGUCUGAAGCCUUGGGAUGUGGCAGCCGGCGUGUUGAUUGCUGAGGAGGCAGGCGCCCUAGUCACGAGAAUGGAUGGCAAGGACUUCACUGUUUUCGAUCGCUCCGUGAUCGCCUCCAACGGCAAAAUACAUCCGCAACUUCUGGACGUCAUCAGACCAGCAACCCAAAAGCUUCUAGAUUCGGGAAAGUUCGUCGACGACCUGUGGUUCAAGCCGGAUGGUUACCAACUAAAAUGAGCUGCCGUAGAGCAGCGCUUUCUUCGCAACUAGAGGGAGGCGUUUCGACAGUCAAGAAUGACUAUCUGGAUAUCCGGCUCUAGGAUUAUGCUACUUGAGGUUGUGAGUCCCCGGAGCUUCAUUUCAACCACCAUCCUGGAGUGUAUGACGAUGACCGAAUCAACAAAAGAUCGAUCUUUGUUGCUACGGAACCAAAAGAGAGUGGCUUACCUGACCAGGCUCUAAUGUGGCUAAGGGCGUCAUAGGAUGAGAAACUACCAUUAGGUGAGAAGUUUCGUUUAGCAAAAGUCGUACUGAUGAUGUUACAGCUAGGUUGCGUGCCAUGCUUUCUACUUUAUUCUUAAAGUUGCCACUUCCUAAGAAA